GCCGUGAGAUAUCACUUCAAGUUAACCUACCAUUGCCCCUUGCCCGCGACGACGGCGACGUAAAUCUAAAACGUUUGGCCGUUUUUAUUAAAGAAACCACUCCGCCGCCGGAAAGUAGCGGUGCUAAUGUUUCCCGCCGCCGUCAUCGGAAAACGGUUGAAAUGGCCGGUGGGUCGGUGAAAGUUGCAGAAGAAAAGGAGGCGAUGCUUAAAACUAAGAUGAUCAUCAGCAAGAAAAGGAUGAAGCAUUAUAAUUACAGUAGCAGCCACCGGAUUCUGCUGGUCGGCGAGGGAGAUUUUUCUUUCUCCGCCUGUUUGGCGGUGGCGUUUGGUUCUGCUUCUAACAUGAUCGCCACUUCCCUCGAUUCUCAAGACGACAUAGGAGACUAGUGAGCCUAUUUCUGAAGAACGCAGAACAGAUGAUAAGUGAGUGUGGCGAGAUUCAUGUUACACACAAGACCAACGGGGACAGU